AUGUUAUAUUAUCGUGCUAAUUACAAACACAGGCUUGCUGUCUCUCUCUGUGUCUAUCUCUCUGUCUCUGUCUCUGUUUCUCUCUCUCUCUCUCUCUCUCUCUCUCUCUCUCUCUCUCUAUCUAUCUAUCUAUCUAUCUAUCUAUCUAUCUAUCUCUUCUCUUUUCCUGCGAAGAUAGGGGAAAACAGACUCCAAAGAGAACAGACCACAUCAAAGGAAUCACCAGCGACCGCUUACCUCUCUCACCUCAGCGUCCUCUUACCUCUCUCACUUCCUGUGCCCUCUUACUUCUCUCACCCACUGCAUCUCUUACCUCUCUCAUCCCAUGCGUCCUCUUACCUCUCUCACUUCCUGUGCCCUCUUACUUCUCUCACCCAGUGCAUCGCUUACCUCUCUCACCCCCUGCGUCCUCUUACCUCUCUCACAUUCUGCCCCCUCUUACUUCUCUCCCCCUGUGUCCUCUUACUUCUCUCACCUACUGCACCCCUUACCUCUCUCAACCCCUGUGUCCUCUUACUUCUCUCACCUACUGCAUCUCUUGCCUCUCUCACCCCCUGCGUCCUCUUACCUCUCUCACUUUCUGUGCCCUCUUACUUCUCUCACCCACUGCAUCGCUUACAACCUCUCACCCCUGACGUCCUCUUACCCUCUCACAUUCUGCCCCUCUUACUUCUCUCCUCCUGUGUCCUCUUACUUCUCUCACCCACUGCACCCCUUACCUCUCUCAACCCCUGUGUCCUCCUAAAACUUCUCUCACCUACUGCAUCUCUUGCCUCUCUCACCCCCCUGCGUCCCUCUUACCUCUCUCAAUUUCUGUGCCCUCUUACUUCUCUCACCCACUGCAUCUCUUACCUCUCACCCCUGCGUCCUCUUACCUCUCUCACAUUCUGCCCCCUCUUACUUCUCUCUCCUGUGUCCUCUUGCUUCUCUCACCUACUGCACUUUACCUCUCUCAACCCCUGUGUCCUCUUACUUUUUCUCACCCACUGCAUCUCUAGCCUCUCUCACCCCCCUGCGUCCUCUUACCUCUCUCACCCCCUACGUCCUCUUACCUCUCUCACCCCCUGUCCUCUUACCUCUCUCACCCCCUGCGUCCUCUUACCUCUCUCACUUCCUUCCUCCUCUUACCUCUCUCAGCUCCUAUACCCUCUCACUUCUCUCAUCCCCUGA